AUGAACAUUGUGGGAAAGCUCAAUUUAAUGAUACCGUGGAGAAUAUUCUUGCUUCACUCACUGCUGUCCUCUUUGCAAGGAUCUUAUUGCAAGCUCUCUCUUUUGAGAACUUCUUCAAGAAAUGAGUUUAAUGCAACUCAACAGAAAAGAGAUCUCGUAACAGCUGAGAUUCAAGCUGCCUCUCCUCAGUCACACCUUCAUGGGGCCUUGACGCGGAGUCCACGAGGAGGUUCAUGUCCUCAGGAGUGCCUUAAUGGAGCAGCCUGCACAGAGGCAGGUGACUGUGACUGUCAGUUAUUUCAGGCUCAAGGAAGCAGGUGCCAAAUAGUACCUAACGCUGGUAAGGACCGAGAUGGGAUUUGCAAAUCGUGGGGACAGUAUCAUUUUGAAACAUUUGAUGGCAUCUACUACUACUUCCCAGGAAAUUGCUCCUACAUUUUUGCAAAAGACUGCAGUGCUCCAGAACCCCACUACACUGUUUGGGUUCAUAACAGUCCUCACUGUUACAGUUCGGUGUAUACUUGUCAGAGGUCUGUCAGCUUAUUUUUUCCAAACCAAGGAGAAAUAAUUAUUUCAGGACAUGAAGUAAGAAAAGAUGGAAUUAGGUUAAUAUUGCCUCAGACAGUUGGAAAUGCUUUCCUUGAGAGACUGGCUGACUAUAUUCUAGUGAAGACUACCUUUGGUUUUUCUCUUGCUUGGGAUGGAAACUCCGGUAUUUAUAUUAAGCUGACAGAAGAUCAUAAGGGAAAACCUUGUGGCCUCUGUGGAAAUUUUAAUGGCAAUAAAUAUGAUGACCUGAUACUGCAAAAUAGUGAAUAUACAGAAGACAUUGCUGAAUUUGCAAAUAGCUGGGCUGUGCAAACCUCAGAUGAUGUUGCUUGUGUACCUACUGCCUCAGAUUUUUCCAGUCCUUGCUCAGCUGAUGCAGAAUCCACUGAGGACAUAUUCUUCAAGUGCCAAAUAUUCCUACAGUUUCCUUUUCUCAGCUGUCAUGAAAGCAUAGAUCCAUAUUCUUAUAUUUCUAGCUGUAUGAAUGAUCUUUGCAGAGUGGAUGAUGAUGAAACAUACUGCAGGGCGGUGACAGAGUACGCUAGAGCAUGCUCUCACGCUGGGUCCCCGGUGCGGGACUGGAGGGAUGACUUUCCUGCCUGUACUGAGAAGUGUGAAGACAGCUUUGUACACCGUGACUGCAUCAGUUGUUGUCCACCAACCUGCACAUUUGAAAAAGAUUGUCUUGGCAGCAACCUACACUGUUUAGAUGGCUGUUACUGUCCAGAUGGUCUCAUUAUGGAAAAUGGAACUUGUAUAUCUGUGUCGAAUUGUCCUUGUAUUUAUCAUGGAACUGCCUUCCCUGUAGGCUCAAAAAUUGAACAAGAAUGCAGCAACUGUAUUUGUAUUGGUGGCAUUUGGAACUGCACUGAUCAUGAUUGCGCAGCUGAGUGCUCCAUCACAGGUAGCUCUCAUUUCACAACAUUUGAUGGACGUCAUUUUACCUUUCUUGGGAUUUGCCAGUACAUUUUGGUAAAAGGCACCGGGAAAAACAAAUUCACAAUCACUUUACAGAAAGCACCUUGUGGACAGAACUUUGACCACGCCUGCAUUGAGUCUAUAACAUUAGUUCUUGAAGAUGAUGUGAGUAAGCAAGUAACUCUCACGAGAUAUGGUCAAGUCCAAACUGGCCCUAACCAAGUUUUUAACCUUCAUGGGGCUAUUGAAAUUCAGAAUGUAUCUUCUUUCUUUGUUCAACUGAAAACUAGUUUUGGUUUGAAGAUACUGUUUGCUAAAGAUGGAGAGAGGAUCUACGUUCAAGUUGAUGUUGGCUGGAAGAAAAGAACUUUAGGACUAUGUGGAACAUACAAUGGGAAUUUAAGAGAUGAUUUUCUUUCUCCAGCAGGGAUGAUAGAAGGGACCCCACAACUUCAUGCCAAUGCAUGGAAGGUUUCCUCAGCUUGUUCUGUGCCUAUCAAUAUUCCUGUGGUUGAUCCCUGCAACAUUAAUCAGCAAAAUGCUGGGUAUGCAUCUCACUGUGAGAUCAUCAAUCAAGAAGUUUUUGCUCCCUGCCAUGACUACAUCAGUCCAGGAUUAUACUACCAGCUAUGCCGCUUCGACGCAUGCAAAUGCGGAAGCAGCUGUUUGUGUAAUGCUUUGGCACACUAUGCUUACGUCUGUGGCAAGCACGGGAUCAUUGUUGACUUCAGAUCUCAUAUUUCUUACUGUGCUGUGAUGUGUCACAGUGGUAUGCUUUAUCAUCAGUGCUCUUCUUUUUGUAAACACUCCUGUGCUUCACUUUCUAUGGCAAAUAUCUGUGGUGAUGACUGUGCAGAAGGAUGUAAUUGUCCUGAGGGGAAAUAUUUUGAAGAGUCGGUCAACUUUUGUGUAUCAAUAUCUGCCUGUCAUUGUCAUUACAAGGGCAAAGCCCUCCAGCCUGGAGAAAUCCUCCCUACGCCAACAGGCUCCUGUCAGUGUUUGAAUGGAACAGUGAAAUGUAUUGAAGCCACUACAGAAAAUACAGUUCACAUAUGCCCUGAAGGAAAAAUCUACUAUGACUGCAGAUCUCCUGUGCCUGGAUUACCAGCAGCGGGUGUGAAUUGCGGGCUCUCUUGUGCAAACCUUGCCAUGAACUUCUCCUGUGUCCCCUCACCACCUUGUGCAAGUGGCUGCAUUUGCCCCCCUGGGAUGGCUGAGCAUAGAGGGAAAUGUUAUAUUCCUGACAGCUGUCCAUGCACCUGGAAAGACAGGGAAUUUCUGUCAGGGGAAGUGAUAGCUACACCAUGUUACACCUGUGUUUGUCGGAGAGGGAUAUUCAAUUGCACUAGUUACCCCUGUCCUGCUGUAUGCACUAUUUAUGGAGAUCGACAUUAUUAUACCUUUGAUGGAUUGGAGUAUGAUUAUGUCAGUGACUGCCAAGCUUACCUGCUAAAGAGCACAGAUAACUCAAAUAUAUCUAUAAUUGCUCAGAACAAAAAGUGCUUUGACAAUGAUAUUGUUUGCUCGAAGAAUGUUUUCAUCACUGUUGGAGACACUGAGAUUUAUUUUAGUGAACCUUCUGAGAAGCAGGAAAAAUCUUAUUUUUUCAUUGAGAACAAACCUAAUUAUCAGCUUUGGAAGGCUGGAUAUUAUAGUGUGAUACACUUUCCAGAACAGGACAUUACAAUCCUGUGGGAUAAAAAGACAAUGAUGCAUGUUAAAGUUGGACCUCGAUGGAAGGGUAAACUGGCAGGUUUAUGUGGAAAUUUUGACAAAUACACUUCAAAUGAUCUGACUACAUCAAACAACAUGGAGGUGAGAAAUGCACAGGUGUUUGGAGACAGCUGGGUGUUAGGACAGUGCAAGAGCCCAAAUGAAACACUAAGACCAUGUGAGGUACAUCAGAGCAAGUUCCCUUAUGCCAAAAAGGAAUGCUCAAUUUUAUACAGUGAUGUUUUUGCACCUUGUCGCAAUGUGAUUGAUGUGACUUCUUUUGUCAAAAAUUGCCACACAGAUACGUGCAACUGCAAUCUUGGUGGGGACUGUGAGUGCUUGUGUACCAGUAUUGCAGCUUAUGCCCACAAGUGCUGCCAGCAAGGAGCAGCGAUUCACUGGCGAUCUCCAUCGCUCUGUGCUUAUGACUGUGAAUAUUACAAUCAAGGUCUUGGUGAAGGACCCUAUAUUUUGGCAAGUUAUGGAGAGAAUGACACAAUUGUAGGAGCUAACGUGUCCAGUAGAAGGAUAUUUCCCCUGCCUAGAACUGGAGCAUAUGGAAAUGUAUUUUUCAGUUUCAUGAUAACUCCAGGUCUUUUCAAAGAUAAAGAUUUAUCGCUCUCUCUUGUUUCCCUUGAAUCUGCUGAAAGACCAAACUACUUUCUGUACGUACAUGACAAUGAAACCGUUGGGUUGGAACAGUGGCAGGCAAGUGCCUCCUUUUGGAGACGAGCCACCUUCUUCCACCACCAGGGCCUCUGGAGUCCAGGGUUCAGCGCCUUCGAACUGCACAGUAAAAAAGGCUUUUUCAUCAUUCUCACUUCAUCUGUUGUUAAAGUGGCAAAGUACGAUGAUUCAGAAGAAUUCAAACGUCUGAGUAGCUUUAGUAUUGAAGAACUCAGUGCGUCUGUGCCUUAUAGAAGGAUGUGUGAAUGGCGGUAUGAAUCUUGUGCUAAUCCUUGUGUUAAAACGUGUAGUGAUCCUGAAGGAAGAGCAUGUAAAUUCCUUCCUCCGGUUGAAGGAUGCUUGCCAUACUGCCCCAAAAACAUGAUCCUUGAUGAGGUCACACUUAAAUGUGUUUAUCCAGAAGACUGCAUACCUGUGACACCUACAGAAUCAGCAACUGGAACAAAACCUUCAUUGCUAAUCUCUCACAUGGGUGCUACCAUGGAGAGAUUUCCUCAGACACCUCCUUUAUUUGUUACUUCAGGGACUGAGUCAACUCAUACUGGUGUGACAGACAAAAUAACCACGAAGGCAAACACAACUUCAAGGGGAAUGAAUAUGUCAGCACAGUCCAUCACAGACUUUUAUUCAUUGGAAUCAUCUAAUGCAGCCACCUAUUCAACAUUUUCAUUACCAAGUACAGUAGAGCCUUCUGAUGUACUUCACAGCACAGCCAGCCCUACUGUCCUUUCCAGACUCAUGUCUUCAACAGAUUUUCCAACUGCUCUUCAAGCCUCAGCAGCCACAUCACGUACUGUCAGUUCUACUGCAUCUAUAACUUUACCCAUUACAAUAGCAACUCCAACAACUCUGCUCAGUGCAAGUCCUAUUCCAACACGUUCUGUGUUAUUAACACCCACUUCCCUAGUGGUAGUUCCAUUUCCACUUGAAACAUCAACCACUCAGCUAGGAACUGUUCCUCCUACUUCAGCAUUAACAACUUUAACCUCCAAGCCAUCUUUUGUCACUUCUGAGCUGCCUGCAGGGAUUGGAAAGAGAAAACAGAGUUCUUCGGUAAGAUCUUCAGAAGAAGAUGGAACAGUAUCAGCCGUAUCAGCUGGAAUCAUCACUCAAUCCACUACACCAAUGAUCACGAACACAACAGUGAAUGCUGCAUCCUUAAAAGCACCUUAUAUUUUUGCAAAAAUACCACCUAGCUCUUCAGCCAGCUUAUUAGUUGCUUCUGGCACCGCUGCAGCCUCUAGGAUUACUACAAAAACCACUGAUUCUUUUGUUGCCAAUUUGGAGUUUUAUAUGGCUUCAGCUUCAGUUCCUACCACCACAGAAACACCCAUGCAUGUGUCACAAAAAUCUUUAUUUACAUCUGCAGUGACUCAAGCUUCACAGAGCACUAAAGAAACUCCAAAAAUGACAAUCAUGAAAACAACUCGUACUACAAGUCCAUUAUCACAGACAAAGAGUACCUCACUUACAGCUUCAGAAGUUACAUACGCAACCUCAUUUGAAAGAACUGUGGAUAUUUUAGAAAGCAGUCAGACUUCACAUGCACAAAGAAAUGUUACCAAGACAAAGUCAACCACAACUGAGAAAUAUUCCCUGCCUUAUUUGACAGUAUCUGCAGUUCAGAGUUCACCUUUUUCAAGAAAUACAACCUCAGUAAAAAAACUCUCUCUUUCUGGAGUUUCAGAUGUAACAACAUCAGAUUGGUCCAAAAUCCCAAAGCAGAGAACCAUUAAACCUUAUUUCAGUUUAACAGAGCCCACAGAGCUGCAGAACAGAACUAUAAUAGAUAUAUCUCAUUCUAGUGGUGAAACGGCUCUGCCUUCCGCUUCAGAGCCUGUGGAAACACAAACUUUUCUGGCAAGCACAGAAACAGCUAUAGCUGACAAGACUUCCUUUGGUACAAUGAUGCAUACACUGAUGUCUACAUCUUCCGAAUGUGUGCCAAGAUACCUUGAACCUGUUGACAAAUGUAGCCAGUAUGUAUGUGUUAAUAUGGGUUGGAUGUUAUACAACCUUUCAAAGAACUGUCCUAAGGAUGUGCAGAAGCCAGACUGUGGUUUUCGAGGAAUGCCAGUUCAAGUUAACACUGAUAGUUGUUGCCCAGAAUGGGAAUGUCCCUGUCAAUGUUCUGUACUGUCUGAACUGAGUGUUAUUACAUUUGAUGGAAACAACAUAGCCCUCUGUAAUAUGGCUUCCUACAUUUUAGUCAAGUUACCAGGAGAAAUUAUUGUUGCUCAUAUUGAAAAAUGUCCUGCUAAUCAGAGUGCAAAUUCAAUAAGAAAACUAGUUCCCCCUGCAAGCACUUCAGGGCUCUGUUUUAAGAAAUUAAAUGUAACAACACGCACAUAUAAAUUACUUAUCAAUCGUUUAGCAAGAAAAGUAGUAGUGGAUUCUGUAAUUCAAUCAUUACCAUUUUCAAAAGAAGGACUAAGUAUUCAGGAUACUGGUGCAAUGUAUGUCGUUAAUACCCCAGCUGGUAUUAGCAUCAAGUGGACUCAUGUUACAGGCAUCAUAGAUAUACUGUAUGGAUUACACUCUAACACAUCAAUGAAGACAGAAGGACUUUGUGGGGUGUGUAAUGGAGACCCUACUGAUGACCUGAAAAUGCAAAACAGGACCAUAAUUACAAAUAUGGAGGAAACUGAAGUGUUCAUUAAGAGUUGGGAAAUUGAGAAAUCACUUGAUGUAACAACCAGGAGGCCAGUAAGAAACUGUACUGAAGAUAACUGCACAUACUGUAUGGAACUGUUAAACAGAAGCAUUUUCAUCCCCUGUCACAAGAAAGUGUCACCACAGGAGUUUUGUGAGAAGAUGUGGAUCAACAGUACUUAUUUUUGGAAUUAUGAGUGUGAUGCACUUUCUGCAUAUGUGGCUUUAUGCAACAAGCACAACAUCUGCAUUAAAUGGAGGACAUCUGAUUACUGUUCAUUGAGCUGUCCCGAGAGCAAGGAGUACCAGCCUUGUGUGCAACCCUGUGAAGCCAAGACAUGCUUGAAUAAGUGGUUCUAUGAAGAUUCUCCCUGUUCCUAUUUAAGGGAAGACUGUGUGUGUAAAAAUGGCACUGUUCUUCAUAGAACAGAUUCUGACCUCUGUAUACCAGAAGAAAAAUGUACAUGUACAGAUAACAAAGGGCAACCCCGCUCUGCUGGGGAGAUCUGGAAUGGGUCCAUGAAAGGCUGUUGCAUGUACAACUGUUUAGAAAAUGGAAGCGUUGUUGCCGUAGAACCUGAAUGCAAAGAGGAUCCACCACCAGUCUGUGAAAGAGAAGAAGAAGUUAUCGUCCAUGUCAUUGAAGAGAGGGCUUGCUGUCCAAAGAAAGUUUGUGAAUGUAACAUGUCAUUGUGUGAUACCGUUAUUCCAACAUGCAAAACCAAUGAAAAAUUGGUUGUAGGCUACCACCCCCUGUCCUGCUGUCCACAGUACCGAUGUGAAUGCGAUCCUUCAGUAUGUUUCAAUGCUUCCCAGCUGAACUGCAGAGAAGAUCAAUUUAUUGUUGAAGCAAAACAGGACGAUCCCUGUUGUUUCUCUUAUCUCUGUGUUUGUGAAUCCUGUAUUGAACCUGUUCCCUUGUGUAAUGAAGGGGAAAUUCUCACUGUAGACCUUAAUACCAUACAUUACUGUUGUCCUCAUUACUACUGUGUUUGCGAUGAAAAUCUUUGUUCUGAGCCUCCUAUGAAUUGCACAGGUGACACGACACUUGUGAAGAAAAAAAUACCUGGGCAGUGUUGUCCAGAAUGGCACUGUGAAUGUAGCUGUGAAAAUGCUACUAUGCUGACCUGUAAAUUGGGAGAAGUUAAAAAAAUAGAUAGUAGUGUUUCCAGUGCUUGUGGAUGCACUCCCUACAUUUGUGAGAAGGAUGAUGUGUGCAUCUUCCAGGAGGUCACGGUACUGAAUCCUGGACAGUCAGUGAUUCAGUACUUGGAUGGAGACCUUUGUUACACUGUCCAGUGUUUACAAGAAAAAGAUCAGAACACAGGAUACAAUGCCAUGCAUUUUACAAUGGUGAACUGUUCCCAGCAAUGUGAAGCUCAUCAAAUAUAUAUUCCUUCCUCCAGUCACCAUACUUGUUGUGGUACGUGUCAAAACAUGUCCUGCUCUUUUCAUACUGAGAAUGGAACACUGAUUGUGUAUGAGGAAGGAAGCACCUGGAGUUCCAACUGCACCAACUACAAGUGUGCGAAGACUCCUGUGGGGGCUAUCAUACUGGGAUCAAGUGUUGUCUGCCCACCUUUUAAUGACACUGAGUGUACAAAGAAUGGAGGAAUUGUGCAGACAUAUAAUGAUGGCUGCUGCAAGACCUGCAAAAAGGAAGAAAGGAUUUGCCAGAAAAUGACAAUCAGGACAACCAUAAGAAAAAACGACUGUAUAAGUCAAAGCCCGAUAAAUGUGGCUUCUUGUGAUGGAAAAUGCCCAUCUGCAACAAUUUUCAAUGUCAAUAUUGACAGCCAUUUAAGAUUCUGUAAAUGUUGUCGAGAAAAUGGAACACGUAAUCUGACUGUGCCACUACACUGCUCAGGAAAUGGCACUGAAAUUAUGUAUGUCAUUCAAGAACCUAUAGACUGCUCAUGCCAAUGGAACUGAACAUUACUGUGGAUACAAUUUAAUC